AUGCCGGCAACUCUCCGCAAGCAGCGGCAGCGCUGCCGCUGCUCGCGGAGAGGUCCGCGAAGCCUGGGCGCGCUGAUCUCAGCGCGCGCAGGCUUCGGCAUGCCGGCAACUCUCCGCAAGCAGCGGCAGCGCUGCCGCUGCUCGCGGAGAGGUCCGCGAAGCCUGGGCGCGCUGAUCUCAGCGCGCGCAGGCUUCGGCAUGCCGGCAACUCUCCGCAAGCAGCGGCAGCGCUGCCGCUGCUCGCGGAGAGGUCCGCGAAGCCUGGGCGCGCUGAUCUCAGCGCGCCCAGGCUUCGGCAUGCCGGCAACUCUCCGCAAGCAGCGGCAGCGCUGCCGCUGCUCGCGGAGAGGUCCGCGAGAGCCUGGGCGCGCUGAUCUCAGCGCGCGCAGGCUCGGCAUGCCGGCAACUCUCCGCAAGCAGCGGCAGCGCUGCCGCUGCUCGCGGAGAGGUCCGCGAGCCUGGGCGCGCUGA